GCUCAGGCUAUUUAAGCAGUAACUGAUAUCAGCUGUGUUUAUUCUUAAAACAAUAAUUUGUUUAUAGUAUGUUUUUGCACAGUAAGCUCGUGUAACAUUGUCAACAUUACAUUAAACAAGGUCAUCAUAUCGUGAACUUUUUUCUAACAGAAAGUCGCCUUAUAUUCAGAGAACAAAGAAUAGAAGAAAACAAUCUACUGAAGCAUCAUGUCUAAGGCAGAAUACAGCACUCCCCCAUACAACUUCUCAUGGAUAGUGGAAGGAUGUCUUGCAGGUAUGGCUUGCCCAUCAAACACGUCUGAAAUUAGGUAUUUGGUAGAAAAUGGCAUUGGGCAUCUAGUGACGCUAUCAAAAGAUAGAAUACCUCCGAUGGAUGACGAUAGUAUCCGAAAUCAUAUUAAAUGGACUGUGAUACCGGUUGUAGAGUUUGAGCCACCUACGCUGGACGAUAUGAAGAAGUUUAUUGCAAUUUGUAAGGAACAUCAAGGAAAGUCAGCAGUAGGGGUCCAUUGCCGUAUGGGCAGAGGAAGAACAGGUGUAAUGUUGGCCUGCUACCUAGUCAGAUUCCAUGGACUCAGCCCAGAUAAAGCUAUCACCGAGGUGCGACUUAAGCGACCUGGAUCCAUCGAGACAUAUCAACAAGAAGUCGCUGUUAAAACAUACCAUGAUUUCCUUAGAUCUACUGCUUAUAAAACCGAUAGUUGAUAUUGCCGUUAUUGAUAACAUUUAUUUGGGAAAAUAUUACUUUUAAUUAUCUGCACUACCCCUUAAGCUUCCCCAGAGCUCCCAUGUUUUCCUAUAUAUUGAAAAUAAAUCCAUAGUAAAC